AUGAGCUCUGCAGCGUGGAAUCCGCAGGACCAGGCCAUGGCCGUGGCAUCAGAGGACGACUUUCAGCAGUUUCUCGACAUUAGCGGCAUGGCCAACAUGGGCGACGGAAUGCAGUUUGAUUUCCAGGGAUUCCAGGAUGACGGCUCCCACUCCAUCAUGGCGCAGCCUCGCCAGACCACCGACGCCAUCAUGGGCGACACUGAUCCCUCCGCCAUGAUCGCUAGAAGUGACGGACUGCUGCAGAACCACACGCCGGCCAUGGCACCGCUGUCCUCCCACAUGAUGGCGGCAUCGGCGUCACACGAGGCUAUUUCCAACAUCGACGCCCAGAUCCAGUAUCUCCAGCAACAGAAAUUCCAGCAGCAGCAGCGACAGCUGCAAGAGCAGCAGGCUACUUUCUUCGCCAACCAGGGCCAUUCCGUACCCCCGACGCCACAGAGCCUGGAGAUGACGCCUGGCAGCGGGCAGUUUUAUUCCCAGGCUGAGCAAAUACCAUCAAGAAGUGCUUAUGAUAGGAGUUACCAUCAACGGUUGGCUGAACAGGAUAUGGCAUUUACUCCCCUCGUUUCGCCUGCUGUCACUCCUCUUGAUCCCCAUUUCAACAUGGAUAAUGCCUUUACUGUGCCGGGAGCGUACUUCAGUCCGCUCACUUCGCCAGCACUCCAUGCUCAGAAUGAUUCAUCAUCAAAUUACGAUCACACCACUCACUCAAACAACUCACCGAUAGAGAUGGAUCUCGAGCCCCUAGUAGUCCCUGCCGUCAACUUGGAUCUCUCAAAAAAGACAAGAAAGACACAAGCUACCAAGGCGAAGAGCAAGCCUGGCGUCAAGAGCUCGCCCAUUUCUAAACCAAUGAGACGAAAGACUGGACCUAGCCCGGCUAUGGUAUCCCAGGUGCUGAGCGAAGUUGAAGAGAGGAAUCUGCAGAAUGAGCACGGACUGCUCCCAUUACCCGCUGCUUCUACUGAUGGGUCAGAUGAGAAUGCAUCUGUUUCGCCUGAGAACCUUUCAGAGAUGCCUCCUCCCCCGAUUCCCAACAGGCGCUCAAUGAGCAAAUCGCCUUACAUCAGACCGCAAACGAAUAUGCAACCAAGCCACGCGACUGCUCUACUCGAAGAACAGCACCUCCCUCACCCUGCCACGCCGGCUUCGCUGAUGAAGCUGCCUGCUUCCAAGACAAAAAAACUCGCAGCAAGCCAUCAAAAUCAAGAGCCUCAACUAUCCGACAAUAUCGAAUCACUUGAACUUCCCGAAUCAAUAUCGAACCCGUCUCUUGCUGGUAGUCUCGCUAACGUCCGAAUUGCUUCCCAAACUCCUCGACCCGAGCCGAGUACGGCGUCCAAGGGUGUCACGUUUCAGUCUAUGCCUUCACCGAUUGUAAGAGCAACAGGAACUUCGUCAGCAACCCAGAGCCCUAUUUUACUGCCUGGGCCAGCCAGCUCUAGCCAGCGAAAGACACCGCAGCUAUCCGCCCGGAACAGCCGUAAGCGGUCUACGGGAUCGAUUCACGCCUCUCCGGCUUUACUGCCCAAGAUAUCCCCCAAUAUCAAACCCCUACUUCCCGGGGCUCCUGGAAUGUCUGCCGAGGACCAAGCAUCGCGACUGUUGAUGUCGAAAUCGAACUAUCAAAAUAUUCUAGAAGGCAACCAAGUUCCCGGCGUAUCUUACCCCAGCGAGUUGUCGACAAAUCUCACAUCAAAGCGGACAUCACACAAAAUUGCGGAACAAGGUCGUCGUAACCGAAUCAACUCUGCUUUGCAGAUCAUGGCGAGCCUCCUCCCGGAUGGCAAAAACAAGAUAGCAUCGGGUGAUGAUAGCGAUAAAAAGGACGGAAAGCAAUCUCAUGCGUCAAACAGUAAAGCCAGCGUUGUGGAGAAUGCCAUUGUUCAUAUGAAGAGCCUUGAGAAGGAGAAUGGGGAUCUGAAGCAAGAGCUACAAGCCUUGAAAGAGCAACUUGAGAAGCUAAAAGGAUCAAAC